AUGGCCCGUUUCAAAGCCCUUCAAGCCCGAGCCAAGACAUCCUCGGAGAAAAAUCUAAAGGAGGCCACCUUGGAAUCCCAAAGACUGGCCACCGAUCCAAACCAACUCACCGCGCUGCACCGAAAGCAAGCCAUCGCAUCUCACAAGCUUCUCAAAGCGGAUGUCGAGGAAGCCGGCGAGGACUUUGAACGCAAGCGAGCAUGGGACUGGACUAUUGACGAGAGCGAGAAGUGGGACAAGCGCAUGAAGAAGAAAGCAUCAGCUCGUGACAACAACGCAUUCCGAGACGACACGCAAGAGAGCAACAAGAUCUACAAACGACAGCUGCGGAACAUCAACCCCGAUAUGGACAAGUACGAAAAGGACAAGAUGGCUGCUGUUGAGAAGGCCGCCGCCUCGGGUGGCCUGGACAUCGUGGAGACAGAGGACGGCGAACUCAUCGCCGUGGACAAAGAUGGGUCAUUCUACUCGACGGCCGACUCGACCUCGUUUGCUCAAAACAAGCCCGACAAGGCUGCCGUGGACCGACUAGUCGAGGAUCUGAAACGGGCAGAGGAACAGAGACUGAAGAAGAGGAAGGAGAGGAUGGCGCAGAACGGCGACGAUGGCGACGUGACGUACAUCAACGAGAAGAACAAGCAGUUUAACCAAAAGCUGUCGCGGUUCUACAACAAAUACACGGCGGAGAUUCGAGACAGCUUCGAGCGGGGCACCAUGAUAUAA